AUGGCGAACUUCGAGAGCGACGGCAUCCAGAACCUCGCGGGCUUCGACGCGUUCAAGGACGCCGACGAGGAGGCCGGCGACCAGUCCAAGGUCCACAUCCGCGUGCAGCAGCGCAACGGCCGCAAGUGCAUCACGACGGUCCAGGGCCUCGCCGACGACCUCGACAUCAAGCGCAUCUGCAAGGCGUUCAAGAAGAACUUCCAGUGCAACGGCGCCGUGACCAAGGACAGCGAGCUCGGCGAGAUCGUCCAGCUGUCCGGCGACCAGCGAACGAACGUGUCGUCCUUCCUCACGGAGCAGGAGAUCUGCAAGAAGGCCCAGGUCGUCAUCCACGGCUUCUAG